ACAGGAUCACCUUUCCUUCCUACCUUGUUGUCUUUCUUUCAAGACCUCCAAUACUUCUACCUUGUCAUGCCGCGAUAUUAUAAUUCCCUCUCGGAUCGCCUGGGAGAGCUAACAAAAUCCAAUCGGGUCAUGGUCAUGGCAGAGUUGAGACACCACGCAGCCGAAAUUGUUCUGGCUGUCGAAGCUCUGCACCACUUUGGCUGUUUCCACUGUGACAUAAAACCAGAGAAUCUCAUGUUCACAGAGGAAGGGCACCUGGUCCUCGUCGACUUCAGUCUAUCUGAAGUAGGCUCUGGUAUUCUUGAGGCGGGCGGACGAGGCACGCCUGGAUACAUUCCCCCAGAAGCCCUUGAUGGAAGAUCGCACUACUCUGGGUACGCUGCUGACAUCUAUGCUAUGGGAGUGGUUUUUCUUCAAAUGUAUCUCUGUCCGCGCAAGAGUUAUGACAUUUUCAAUGAUAAGGGCGACAUAACCGUGUCUGUUUGGGGAACUUUACAUCGCAAUGAAGAAGCUGCCGGAUGCCUGAUACAAGAGCUCAUGGAAAGCAAUCCGGAUAGGCGUUUACCGAUGGGCGUUAUCAAGGGGCAUUCUUUCUUUCACCCUUGCUUAGAUUGGCACAAAGUACAAAGGAUGGAAUACGGAUCUCCCCAUGUUCCAACAAGCACACCGCUAGAGGCGCAUUACACUUGCAAUUUCCAGUCCACGAUCAGAGGUCAUUCCCAAGUUAACGGGACAAUGCCUAUUGAACCUAUGGACCGCAGCAUCCCAGUAGAUGCCGGCCACAAGGAAGGUGCUCGGGAGCUUAGACCCACGGAGCCUUCCACAUAUAAUUCGAAGGCACAUCAGCAUCAAACAUGUCGUAUGACGGAUUCAGAUUCCACUAAGAUAUGAUAAUGAACAUAAUAUUUUCCUCGAACGCCGUGGUUCAUCUGGCUCAGACCUUCCCCCAUGCUACUGAAUGUAGCUGGAACUACGGCAUGCAUAUGUACAAUAUUCUGAAUCACAACAAGAAUAGUAAUUCUUGUUCAGUCUCGACAUCAG